GUGUUCAGAAGUGUUUUACCCAAGACAUCAAUAAAAUUGAGCAAAAAGAAGUGAUUUUCAACCAAAAAUAAAGCAAAGAAAAUUGUGUAAAAGUUAAAAACAAAACGAAAAUUGUGUCAUUCAUUCAAAGUGAAAGAAAUUUCUCGAAGAAUUUCCGUGAAAAAACACAAACUUUCAGUAAAGAAAAAAAAAUUCAAUUUUAGGAUUUUGUGAAACGACGUAGACGAAGAAAAGAUAAAAAUCAUCAAGCAUCUUGAAGCGUCUUCCUUUUAUCGUUUUGUGAUAAGAACCAACUACGAAAAAAUAAAAAUCACUUGAUUCAAUUAAGUGCAUUUAUUUCUUCACGUUAAUUUCAUUUGAAAUCAAUCAAGAAACUGUGAAAACAACAAAAAAAAUUACCUAAAGGACAAUAAAUUGUGCAUUAGCUGUGAAAGAAUUUCCUAAGUUUAAGUUUAUUUUAAGUACAGAAAAAAAUAUUAGAAUCUAUAUUACGUAAAGAAAAAAAAAUAUUUUAAGAAGUUAGUGUUAAUUAUUUGUUGAAACAAGUAAGAAGUAGAAAAAUUUCUGUGAAACAACGAUCGGGUGUGCAUAGAAUGGCACCAAAUACUGAACAAUCAAGUGUUGCUAACGAUAUUGAGAAGAACAAUGUUGAAAGUAACAAUCAAUUAAAAGAUUGGGAAGCCCCGAAAGCACAAGGACUUUACGAUCCCCAGAAUGAACAUGAAGCCUGUGGCGUAGGUUUUAUCGUUGCUAUCGAUGGACGUAGGAAUCAUAAGAUUCUUCGCGAUGCCCAAACAUUAUCUGAACGUAUGAACCAUCGUGGCGCUUGUGCCUGUGAUAAUGACACUGGUGAUGGUGCCGGAGUACUUACAGCAAUUCCACAUGACUUGUAUUAUGAAGAAUUGUCAGCUAAAAAUAUUCAAUUGCCUGCAUGGGGCAAAUAUGCAACUGGUAUCUUUUAUUUGGACAAGAAUACACACAUGGAGGCGGAAAAGGAUUUCGAUACGUUGGCAGCGAGCCUCGGGAUAAGAAUCCUCCAUUGGCGCGAUGUACCGGUCAAUCAAGAGGCUAUCGGUCGCGUCGCUCGCAAAAGUGAGCCUUAUUCGCGCCAAGUUUUUUGCACCGUUGACGGUGACUUGUCCGAAGACGACUUGAUCCGCAAGAUUUUCGUGUUGCGUAAACGCGCGACUCACGAAUUGACAAAGGAAGGUCGUCGGUUCUACAUUUGUUCGUUGUCCAUCAAGACUAUCGUGUACAAAGGAUUGUUCACGUCUGAUCAAUUGUGGGCCUACUACACGGACUUGUUGAACCCGAAAUUCGAUACAUAUCUCGCCCUGGUACACACACGUUUCAGCACAAACACGUUCCCGUCGUGGGAACGUGCCCAUCCGUUGCGUGUGUUGGCGCACAACGGCGAAAUCAACACGUUGCGCGGCAAUGUCAACUUGAUGAAGGCCCGCGAAGGCGUCAUGAAAAGUGAGAUUUUCGGCAGUGACUUGAAGAAACUCUAUCCCGUGGUGGAGCCCAAUUUGUCGGAUUCCGGAUCGGCGGAUUGCGUAAUGGAGUUCUUGACGAUUGCAAGUGAACGUACGUUGCCAGAGUCCGUGAUGACGAUGGUGCCAGAGGCAUGGCAAAACGACAAGACCAUGCCGCAAGACAAGCGUGACUUUUACAACUUUGCUGCAUGUACGAUGGAGCCCUGGGAUGGUCCAGCAUUGAUUUCCUUCACGGAUGGACGUUACAUUGGAGCAAUUUUGGAUCGUAACGGCUUGCGUCCAUCUCGUUUCUACGUGACACGCGACAAUUUGCUCAUUAUGGCAUCCGAGGUAGGCGUUUACGACGUCGAUCCCAAGGACGUUAUUUUGAAGAGUCGCUUGAAGCCCGGCCGCAUGUUGCUGGUUGACACCGUCGAGAAAGCGAUGAUCCAAGAUGUCGAACUCAAGUCACGCAUUGCUCGUUCUCGUCCUCAUGGCGAAUGGCUCAAAGGACAGAUCAUGAUGGAAGACUUGCGUCACGCGGAUUUGCUUGCGAAGCAUUUGCCGUUGGCUGGUGUCCACGGCGAGGUGAUCAAGAGUCACAAACAAGGUAUUUUGGAUCCCAGACUUUCGUUGUUCGGUUACACAACGGAACACAUUCACAUGCUUUUACUUCCCAUGAUUAAGAACAAGAAGGAGGCAUUGGGCUCCAUGGGCAACGAUGCACCACUUGCUUGCUUGUCGCGUUUCCAACCGUUACCUUAUGAGUAUUUCAAGCAACUCUUUGCUCAAGUCACGAAUCCGCCAAUUGAUCCAUUCCGUGAAAAGGUCGUCAUGUCCUUGCAAUGCCCAAUUGGUCCGGAAGGAAAUUUGUUGCAACCGUCUGAAGCUCAAGUGCAUCGAAUCUGGUUGAAAAACCCCGUUCUCAGUAUCGCCGACACCGAAAUCAUUAAACGCACGCAACACCGUGGCUGGAAGACAAAAGUCAUCGAUAUCACAUUCCCCGUUUCCGAGGGCGUCGACGGCUACUUAGAGACCAUGGAUACCGUUUGCCGCGAAUCCGAGGAAGCUGCUCGUGCUGGUUGCCAGCUCCUCGUUUUAUCCGAUCGUGCAGCGGGACCCGAUCGUGCUCCCUUGUCUGCCUUGCUGGCUCUCGGCGCAGUCCACCAUCAUCUCAUCGAAGCACGUCAACGCAUGAAAAUCGGUCUCAUUGUCGAGACUGCCGAAUGCCGUGAGGUCCAUCAUGUUUGUGUGAUGCUCGGUUACGGUGCUGAUGCCAUUUGCCCCUACUUGGUCUUCGAGAUGGCGGCGUUCCUGCGUGACGAUGGCGUCCUCGAUGCCAAUCUCACGGACAACUCCAUCUACCAGGCGUACGCGACCGCAAUUGACACGGGCAUCUCCAAAGUCAUGGCCAAAAUGGGAAUCAGCACCUUGCAAUCGUACAAAAGUGCACAAAUUUUCGAGGCAGUCGGCUUGGGCAAGGAUGUCAUUGAUCGCUGUUUCAAGGGAACCGCAAGUCGUCUUGGUGGCGUUACGUUGCGCAUGCUAGCCGAAGAGGGAUUGGAACGGCAUUUCAUCACGUAUGGCUGCAAUCAUCGCGAUCAACGCAUUUUACGCAACAUCGGACAAUAUCACUGGCGUGCCGGCGGCGAAAAUCACUUGAACGAACCGGCAGCCAUUGCGGCGUUGCAGGAAGCUGCUGUGAACGAGAACAAAAAUGCGUUUGAACGAUUUGUCGAUAUCACGAUGCAAAGCGUUCGGGCAUGUACGUUGCGUGGUCAACUGGAAUUUGUGACAAAUCAAACGCCCAUCGACAUUUCCGAAGUCGAACCAGCGAGCGAAAUUGUCAAACGUUUCGCUACCGGUGCCAUGAGUUUCGGCAGUAUCUCUUUGGAGGCACAUUCCACGCUUGCCGUCAGUAUGAAUCGCAUGGGUGCCAAAAGCAACACUGGCGAAGGUGGUGAAAAUGCCGAUCGCUACUUGAAUCAAGACCCCGAAUUCAAUCGUCGUUCAGCCAUUAAACAAAUCGCAUCAGCCCGUUUCGGUGUAACGGCUGCCUACAUCGCCAAUGCCGACGAUUUGCAAAUUAAAAUGGCGCAAGGUGCCAAACCCGGUGAAGGUGGCGAGUUGCCAGGCUUCAAAGUGACAAAAGACAUUGCGGCAACGCGUCAUUCGGUGCCCGGUGUAGGUCUUAUCUCACCGCCUCCCCAUCACGACAUCUACAGUAUUGAGGAUUUGGCUCAAUUGAUUUACGAUUUGAAGUGUUCGAACCCGAAAGCACGCAUCAGUGUCAAACUCGUGUCGGAAGUUGGUGUUGGCGUUGUGGCAUCUGGCGUUGCAAAGGGCAAAGCUGAGCAUAUUACGAUUUCCGGACAUGAUGGCGGUACUGGAGCAAGUUCCUGGACUGGAAUCAAAAAUGCUGGAGGUCCAUGGGAAUUGGGAAUUGCUGAAACUCAUCAAGUACUUACUUUGAACAACUUGCGAUCACGUGUUGUCGUUCAAGCUGACGGACAAUUGAGAACUGGCUUCGAUGUUACGGUUGCCGCCAUGUUGGGUGCCGAUGAAUUUGGCUUCAGUACUGCACCGUUGAUCGUUAUGGGUUGCACCAUGAUGAGAAAGUGUCACUUGAACACAUGUCCCGUUGGCGUUGCCACACAAGAUCCCGUUUUGCGUGAGAAAUUCGCGGGAAAACCCGAACAUGUCAUCAAUUUCUUCUUCAUGUUGGCGGAAGAUAUCCGUAAAAACAUGGCAAAACUCGGAAUUCGUAAAUUCCAAGACUUGAUUGGUCGCACAGACUUGUUGCAAGUUAGAAAGGAUGCCGGCGUAAAAGCAAGCACACUUGACUUGAAAUUGCUUUUGCAAAAUGCUUUGGAAUUGCGUCCCAAUACUAAUAUUGUCGGUGGCUCCGUUCCUCAGAACUUUGAAUUGGAAAAACGCACGGACAUGGAAUUGAUUAAGAAAGCUGAUGGCGUUAUCAAUGGAAAUGAGAAGGAAGUCACUAUUGAUACCAUUGUUCAUAAUGAAAUGAGAGCAUUUACCUCAACUUUGAGUUAUGAAAUUGCCAAGAGAUACGGCGACUCCUUACCUGAUGGCAAAAAAAUCAACAUCAACUUGACCGGAUCCGCAGGUCAAAGUUUCUGCGCCUUCCUCGUCAAGGGAAUCACCGUCAAACUGUAUGGCGACUCUAACGAUUACGUCGGCAAAGGCUUAUCUGGCGGCACUGUCAUCAUCGCUCCGCCCAAAGAGAGCACCUUCGAGUCUCACUUGAACGUCAUCGUCGGCAACGUUUGUCUCUAUGGCGCCACCAGUGGCAAGGCAUUCUUCCGCGGUAUCGCUGCCGAACGUUUCUGCGUCCGCAACUCCGGAUGCACGGCAGUCGUUGAAGGCGUCGGAGAUCACGGAUGCGAAUACAUGACAGGCGGUUUGGUUGUCAUUCUCGGUUUGACCGGAAGAAAUUUCGCUGCCGGCAUGUCAGGCGGUAUCGCUUACGUUUAUGACGUCGACGGAUCGUUCCGCGGUAAGGUCAAUGCUGAAAUGGUCGAAUUGAUGCCAUUGGAUCAAGCAAGUGACCAAGAAACGGUGAAGCAGUUGUUGAACGAGAUGGUUGAACAUACGGGCUCGGUUGUGGCGCAAGAAAUUUUGGCUCAAUGGCCUGCAAUUUGCGACAAGUUUGUCAAGGUGUUCCCCUAUGAAUAUCAACGCGCCUUGAAGGCAAUGGAAGAAGAAAAAUUGGAAGCUGAAAUUAAGGAAGAAUUGAAGGCAAUUGAAAAUACCAUGCCGGAGAAGAACGAACCAAAAGUGCAGGAUAUCGAAGAAGCAAUUCAAGAUCUUGCGAUUGAGAAGAGAAAAGCGGAACGCAUUUUGGACAAAACACGCGGUUUCAUCAAAUACAAGCGCGAAACCACAAUGUAUCGCAAUGCUGCUGAGCGUCAAAAGGACUGGAACGAGGUUUACAACUUCCAGCAUGUGCGUAAAAAUUUGAAAACGCAAGCAGCUCGUUGCAUGGAAUGCGGUGUCCCCUUCUGUCAAUCCAACUCGCAUGGAUGUCCUCUUGGCAACAUCAUUCCCAAGUGGAACGACUUGGUCUUCCACGGUUCCUGGAAAGACGCUUUGCAUCAAUUGCUCCAAACAAACAAUUUCCCCGAAUUCACGGGACGUGUUUGCCCUGCCCCGUGUGAAGGCGCUUGCGUUUUGGGCAUUUCCGAGCCUCCAGUCACCAUCAAGAACAUCGAAUGUGCAAUUAUUGAUCAUGCCUUCGAGCAAGGAUGGAUCCAACCGAAAGUCAUUGAGAACCGCAGUGGACGUCGUGUUGCCAUUAUCGGCUCCGGACCCUCCGGAUUAGCUGCUGCAGCCCAAUUGAACGUCGCCGGUCACAAUGUUGUCGUGUUCGAACGCAACGAUCGCCCUGGCGGCCUCUUGCAAUAUGGCAUUCCAACGAUGAAGCUCUCGAAGGACGUCGUAAAACGUCGUAUUGACCUCAUGACAGCCGAAGGAAUUGAAUUCCGGUGCAACACGCAAGUCGGCAAAGAUGUCAAGUUGGCUGACUUGGCGAACGAAUAUGAUGCCGUCUUGAUUACCACUGGAUCAACUUGGCCACGUGACUUGAAUUUACCGAAUCGCGAUUUGGAUGGCAUUCAUUUUGCCAUGGAGUUCCUUGAGAAGCAGCAGAAGAAGCAGUUGGGCAAUAAAAUCCAACCGAUUUCGGCAGAGGGUAAAGAUGUGAUUAUCAUUGGUGGUGGUGACACCGGAUGCGAUUGUAUUGCAACGGCAUUGAGACAAGGCGCCAAAACCAUCACCACAUUCGAAAUUUUGCCGGAACCACCAGCGAAACGCGCAAAGGACAACCCAUGGCCACAAUGGCCCAAAGUUUUCCGUGUCGAUUACGGGCACGAGGAAGUUCGUGUCAAAUUUGGCAAGGAUCCGCGUCAGUAUUGCACAACGGUGAAAGAGUUCAUUGGGGAAGAUGGCAAAAUUAAGGGCGUCAAAACGGUGCAAGUUGAAUGGACUCAAAGCCCAACGGGACAGUGGUCAAUGAAGGAAGUUGCUGGAAGCGAACAACACUUUAAAGUUGACUUGAUUUUGCUUGCCAUGGGAUUCUUGGGACCUGAAAAGGCAUUACCCAAUGAAAUGAAUCUGGAAUUGGAUCCCCGUGGCAACAUCAAGACACCCAAUGGCGGCUACGGCACAAGCAAUCCCAAGAUUUUCGCCGCUGGUGACUGCCGUCGUGGACAAUCACUCGUUGUAUGGGCAAUCAGUGAGGGUCGCCAGGCAGCUCGUCAAGUUGACACUUACCUCACCGGACGUCAGAGCACAUUGCCGCGCGAAGGUGGUGUCAUCGAUAUCAGAAAACCUUAAGUAUCUUAAUCAUCUUACAACACAUCAUUACACAAAUCAUCGAAUUGUCUUAAAUUUUUUAUUUCACUAAAAAAAAAACAAAAAAUUGAAUUGAUUCUCAUAAAGAAAAAAAAAUAAUAAAAUACAAAAUAUAAUUAAAUAUACAGAAAUACGUCCUAUUAAAUUUAAAUAAAAUAAAAUAGUAUAAAAUAAUGUUAUUUUAUAAUGGAAUAAAAUUAUAUUUUAUGUUGUUUUAUUUAGAUUUUACACAAUCAAAAUGAAUUUCUGGCCAAAAUCGAAUGUUUAAUAUUAUAAAUAUUUUUUAGAUUAAUUUUAAAAGAUAAAAUUAACCAUUAAAUGUAAAAUUAUCAAGUAUCACACAAUUUCUAGUUU